CAUUAGCAGGAGUAGGAGUUUGUGUAAGUGGACGUAUGUGUGUCACUCAUUUCUAAGCCAGCUGAGUCGAAGGAAAGGUAGCCAACCCUGUGUCAAUUUCAGAGAAGUCAACAAGAUUUCCUACAGAUGACAGCCACAAGGUCCAGUGCAGCUAUUACAGCUGCUCUUCUGAGCCUCUUCCUCAAGGCUCACCUUUCCACGCAAGCACCUGUGAACGACUCUAAAUGGUCUUAUAUUGGUACUGAUGGGGAGAAAGUAUGGCCAAGGAAAUAUCCUUUUUGUGGAGGAGUAUUCCAGUCUCCCAUUAACUUCCAUAAUGAUAUUCUCCAGUAUGAUUCCACUCUUUUGCCAAUAGAACUGGAAGGCUACAAUGUAUCCUCCAUCGAACAGUUUAUUUUGACGAAUAAUGGACAUUCGGUAAAAAUGAGUCUUUCUUCAGCCAUGCACAUCCAGAGUCUCCCUGCCCGGUACUCUGCAGCUCAGCUCCACUUACACUGGGGAAACAGGAACAAGCAAGAAGGAUCCGAGCACACAAUUGGUGGGAGGCAUUUUGCCGCCGAACUCCACAUAGUGCAUUAUAACUCUGACAAAUAUCCAGAUUUGAAAUCAGCAGUAGACAAGUCAGAUGGAUUGGCAGUGUUGGCGAUCCUGAUUGAGGUUGGCCCAUUCAAUCCAUCAUAUGAAAAGAUUUUCAGCCAUUUCCAGGAUGUGAAGUACAAAGAUCAAGAAACCUUCAUCUCAGGUUUCAAUAUCCAGGAUUUGCUCCCAGACAGGCUGGAUGAAUAUUAUCGCUACGAAGGCUCCCUGACCACCCCGCCUUGCUACCCAAGUGUCCUUUGGACUGUAUUUCGAAAACCGGUACACAUUUCAGUGGACCAGCUUCUAGCCCUGGAAACGGCAUUGUACUGCACACAACCUAAUGAUCCCGCCCCCCUUGAAAUGGUGAACAACUUCCGGAGGGUCCAAGAGUUUGACGAAAGGCUAGUUUCUGUCUCUUUCCGACAAGGUUUUGUCCUGUUUGUUGUAUUAGCCAGUAGCCUUGGCACUGUCCUUGUCAUCGCUGUAGCCUUUUGGCUGAUUCGAAGGAAGAAGAGCAUCAAAAAUGCAGGAGAAGACAAAGGGGUCAUCUACAAGCCAGCCAUGGUCAAAGAGGAGGAGAAUAUCUCCAAAGCAUAAGCUUCUGCUGUGCUACCCAAGUAGCCAUUUGUCCAUGAUCGAACAUUUCGGGGCCUUAACAGCUCAACAAUCCAAACAC